CCAUCUCCUUUCGGACGGCUGAAUUGUGACUCCUCCGUUCAAACCGCUCGGCAAGCUGUGACCGCCGCACGGCACGGCAGCGAGCCAGCGGCAUGUCUCCUCCGCGCCUCGUCCUCCCCACGCCCGCCGGCGACCCCGGCGGCGCGCUCCGGCGCUCGUACCUCCGCCUCGUCGCGCUCUCCUCCACGCCCCGCCACCUCGACCAGCUCCUCGCCGUGUCGCUUACCUCGGGCCACUACGCGCUCGACCCGGCCCCGGCCACCGCGCUGCUCCUCCGCUACGCCUCGCUCCGCGCGCCCCACGCCCACCUGCUCCGCCUCUUCCGCGCAUUCCCCCGCCCCGACCGGUUCCUCCGCAACGCGCUCCUCCGCUCCCUCCCGUCCCUCCGCCCGCACCUCCUCUUCCCGUGCCCGGACUCCUUCUCCUUCGCCUUCGCCGCCACGUCGCUCUCCUCUUCUUGCUCCUCCCGUGGAAAUGAAGCCGCCGCUGCCGCGCGCGCGCUUCAAGCGCUCGCCGUGGCUGCGGGGUAUGCGACGGACACGUUCGUCGCGUCGGCUCUGGCCAAGCUCUACUUCAAGCUGUCGAGAGGGGACGACGCACGCAAGGUGUUCGACGAGGUGCCGUCGCCGGACACUAUCUUGUGGAACACGCUUCUGGCUGGGCUGCCUGGUUCGGAGGCCUUGGAGGCGUUCGUUCAGAUGGUGCAGGCAGGGAGGGUGCGGCCCGACUCGACCACCCUUGCAUCCAUCCUACGGGCGGCUGCGGACGUGGCAAAUGUGGCAAUGGGGAGGUGCGUCCAUGGAUACGGGGUGAAGUGCGGGUUGGCAGAACAUGAGCAUGUUGUGACCGGGCUUAUGUCGUUGUAUGCCAAGUGCGGGGAUACGGACUGCGCACACUAUCUCUUUGAUAGGAUGAAAGACCCAGAUUUGGUUGCCUACAAUGCUCUGAUUUCAGGCUACUCGGUCAACGGCAUGGUUGAAUCAUCGACAGAGCUGUUCAAAGAGUUGGCAGCCUCAGGCUGGAGGCCAAAUUCAAGCACAUUGGUGGCAGUGAUUCCCGUGUACAGUCCAUUUGGGAAUGAGCUGCUUGCUCGGUGCUUGCAUGGGUUUGUUGUCAAGGCCAGGUUGGAUGCAGAUGCUCUGGUGUCGACAGCGCUGACCACUUUGUACUGUAGGUUAAACGAUAUGGAAUCUGCAAGGAGCAUGUUUGAUGCAAUGUCAGAUAAGACCAUGGAGUCAUGGAAUGCAAUGAUAUCUGGGUAUGCCCAGAAUGGCUUGACGGAGAUGGCAGUUGAACUUUUCCAGCAAAUGCAGGCGCUUAAUGUGCAACCUAAUCCGAUCACCAUUUCAAGCACUCUAUCGGCCUGUGCACAGCUUGGAGCUUUGUCUCUGGGAAAGUGGGUUCACAAGAUCAUUUCCAAGGAGAACCUUGAGCUCAAUGUCUAUGUCAUGACAGCGCUCAUUGACAUGUAUGCAAAAUGUGGAAGCCUUGCUGAAGCUCGGAGCAUCUUUGACAGAAUGGAUAACAAGAAUGUGGUCUCCUGGAAUGCGAUGAUAUCGGGAUAUGGUCUCCAUGGCCAAGGUGCUGAAGCGUUGAAGCUCUACCAGGCCAUGCUGGAUGCACACAUUCUCCCGACAAGCUCCACCUUCCUGUCAGUCCUCUACGCAUGCAGCCAUGGAGGAUUGGUUGAUGAAGGGCGGACAGUCUUCCGUGUAAUGACUAAUGAGUACAGGAUCACUCCAGGUAUCGAGCAUUGCACGUGUAUGGUGGACCUCCUUGGCCGGGCAGGAAAGUUGAAGGAAGCUUUUGAACUCAUCUCUGAAUUCCCCAAGAGCGCCGUUGGAGCUGGGGUGUGGGGGGCACUGCUUGGUGCUUGCAUGGUACAUAAGGAUAGCGACCUUGCAAAACUGGCAUCCCAGAAAUUGUUCGAACUGGACCCAGAGAACGCAGGCUACUAUGUGCUCCUCUCUAAUCUGUACACAUCCAAGAAGCGUUACUCCGAAGCAGCUGUAGUGAGGCAAGAGGCUAAGAGCAGGAAGCUGGUGAAAACACCAGGGUGUACUCUCAUUGAGAUAGGCGACAAACCGCAUGUCUUCAUGGCUGGUGACCGUGUGCAUCCACAGUCAGAGGCCAUCUACUCAUACUUGGAGAAAUUAACUGCAAAGAUGAUUGAAGCCGGGUAUCAACCUGUGACGGAGGCAGCAUUGUAUGACGUCGAGGAGGAAGAGAAGGAGCACAUGGUAAAGGUGCAUAGUGAGAAGUUAGCCAUUGCCUUUGGGCUCCUCAGUACAGAGCCAGGGACAGAGAUCAGGAUCAUCAAGAACCUUAGGGUGUGCCUAGAUUGCCAUAAUGCUACCAAGUUCAUAUCCAAAGUGACACAAAGGCUGAUUGUUGUUAGGGAUGCCUCGAGGUUUCACCAUUUCAGAGACGGUGUUUGCUCCUGUGGUGAUUACUGGUGAUUUGCUUGAAAAAAAGGGUUCUCUAACAAAUAAUUGAGAUUCUUUUGAAAUAAUUGCCCUUAGAGUAUCAAAUUGUGCUCAAGGGUCUGGAGUUUGAACAGACAUCACUGAUCUAGCUGGUGGAAGCCGCUGUUCUGACCAAUAACCAGUGCAAUUGAUUUCCAUCUUUCCCAGCAAGGCCGAUAUUUGCUAACCCAAGCAACGAUCUCACUAAUUCAUACAA